ACACAUACGCCCAGACAGGCAGCAUUACUAGAUGCUACAAGCUCAUGCUGCUCUGCUAUUGGCUCAUCGCUAUCGAAAGGCUUUGUGUCAGAGUCGGCUUAAAAGGUAGAGAGACGUAUUGAAACCACCAGACAGGGAGAGAGAGAGAAUCAAGUGUGUCAGACCGGGAGCAGCAAGCUGUUUGACAGAAGCCGGGUAUUGUUUUCUAAGGAGUGCUACAUGUUCGAGUAUUUUCAUAUUUAGGGAUGUGUAGUCAGCAGUUGUUCAUAUUUCAGUCAUCUACAGCUCAGCCUUCUUUUCCACCGGUAACCAAAUGAGGAAACCUCUCUGUUUCCUGCUCAGCUCGCCUCAGUCGAUCAUCUCUGGACUCAGCAUCGCGCAAAAAGAGCAAAAGGCUGCGAACACGCAUCAUGGUCGCCGGUGAGCUCGUGCAGGAACAUCUGCGCGCGGGUACCGGCGCACCUGACGACAUCACGGUCGGCAGGAAGGAGCCGGAGGACGAAGAACGGCGCGCUGAGCGGAUACACGGAGCGGCGCACGCGGGCGGGGCUGGGGAGACAGGCUCAAAGCGCGCGCAGGAGCUGGAGGAGGACAAGGAGGCUCCGCCUGAUGAAAGAGAGGUGAUGCUACCCAACGGAGGAGGAGGGGGAGAAGGCGAGGCGGAGGAGGAGGAAGAGAAAAGGCUGGAGACCAGGGUGUACGCCCGCCGGUUCGCCGUGCUGGCCGUUUUCAGCCUGUACUCCCUCGUGAACGCCUUCCAGUGGAUCCAGUACAGCAUUAUCACCAACGUGUUCACGCAGUACUACGGGGUGACCAACGACAAGGUGGACUGGCUCUCCAUCGUCUACAUGGUGGCCUACGUGCCGCUCAUCUUCCCCGCCACCUGGCUGCUGGACCGAAAGGGUCUGCGCUUAACUGCCCUGCUGGGCGCCGGCCUCAACUGCGCCGGCGCCUGGCUGAAAUGCGCGAGUGUGAACCCCCAGCUGUUCGCAGUCACCGUCACCGCGCAGGUCGUCUGCUCCGUGGCGCAGGUGUUCAUCCUGGGCCUGCCUUCCCGCGUGGCCUCGGUGUGGUUCGGACCCCGAGAGGUUUCCACCGCGUGCGCCACGGCAGUGCUCGGAAACCAGUUGGGGACAGCCAUUGGCUUCUUGUUGCCUCCUGUUUUGGUUCCUAACACCCCUCAUAAUGUUGAACUCACAGGUCACAACAUCAUGAUUAUGUUCUACGGUACAGCUGCCGUCUCCACGGUCCUCUUCGUCCUCGCAGUGAUAGUCAUAAAAGACAGACCUCCUCUCCCUCCCAGUCAAGCACAGGCUGUCUUACCAGACUCCCCUCCUGAAGAUUACUCCUACAAACAGUCCAUCCUCAACCUGGUGAAGAAUAAAGCCUUUGUCCUGCUCCUCAUCACCUAUGGUAUAAUGACUGGCUCCUUCUACUCUGUCUCAACACUUCUCAACCAGAUGAUCAUGGCCUGCUAUGAGAAUCAGGAGUUGAAUGCUGGGAGAAUCGGUUUGACUUUGGUUGUUGCUGGGAUGGUUGGAUCCAUCCUCUGUGGCCUUUGGCUGGACCGCACAAAGUUGUACAAGAUCACAACACUGAUCGUGUACAUCCUGUCGUUUGUGGGCAUGUUGGUCUUCACCUUCACUCUGAACCUCAACAACAUCCACUUGGUCUUUGUCACUGCUGGAGUCCUGGGGUUCUUCAUGACAGGUUACUUGCCACUGGGCUUUGAGUUUGGAGUGGAGAUCACCUACCCUGAGUCUGAGGGAACAUCAUCAGGACUCCUCAAUGCCUUUGCUCAGAUAUUUGGGAUUAUUUUCACUCUGAUUCAGGGAAAACUGACCACAGACCAUGGUCCACUGUCUGGAAAUCUCUUUCUUUGUGCCUGGAUCUUCCUGGGAAUAAUUCUUACAGCCUUAAUCAAAUCAGAACUGAAAAGACACAAUGUGAACAUGGGAGCAGACAGCAAUCACCUGCAAGCGCUUACUACUGAUUGUCCUGGAGACUGCCCUUCAGAAAAGAAAUCCAAUGGAAUCAAGAUGGAGCCCUCAGUCAGUUUCUCUCGUGAAACCUCACUAUGACCUGCCAAGUCACCCAAUCACAAACAAGUGAGACUAUCUCCCUGCUCCCGUGGGAAACAAGUUGGCAUCAAAUACCUACAGCAGUACCUGCUUUUUGAUGCCAAAAAUCUCCUCCUUAAAACUUGGAAAGUUGAAGGCGCCGGGUGUGAGCCAGGUCUAAUUAAACACAGCCACAAUCUACAGGUGAUUUAGGACAGGUGUCUCAUGGAUGGGAUUGGUUAAUGUUGUAACCAAGCUGCCUGACUCCUUUCAAAGCUCCUGGAAAGAUUGUUGUAGACUGACAUGCAGAAGACACUCCACUGCACUUUACUUGGCUGUAAGUAAAGGAUGGCACUCUUAGGUGGUUAGUGAAGGAAAACUGGCUGGUUAACCCCCCCAGUUCCCAGACGACUGUGAUACUGGUUCCUGUAACACUGCAAGAGGAAGCAAACAGAGCAAUCCUGUUCAGUUUUAUACUGCCACAGAUGUUAGGCCACCAUUUCCUGAGUUUACUUGAAUUAUUCUUUGAUGCUCUACUCUAGAUGUGAAUCUCACUGUAAAUAUCUAUUACAUUUUUUUACAUGGCAGUAAUCAAAAAGGUACUUUGAUUCAGAUUAACUCCUGGAAUCUGUUUCAAACCUGCUUCAGCAAAGAAUACGGAACAUGUUUACUGGUUUCUAAAAAGCAGCAUGAAUUUCAAUAGACUAUAUAUAAAGGAUGGAUGUAGGCACUGUGACAUCGCCAACCCACAGUUUGAAACCUCAGCAUUAGCAAUCAGAGAGUGGGGUGCUAGCUAGGGCUCAUCUAACUUUCGUUAGCAAACUGCAUCCAUAAAGUGCACAGGUCCACAAACACUGAUCCUAAAUAGUUCCAAGUACAAGACUUCAAAUUAUGAAAAUAAUAAUGAAUAUUUAAGCUUCACAGACAGCUUGUAUGGGCUUUUCCACACAGACCACCAUUAAAAGUCUUUCAAAGAGCAUCGGCACAAUGGAGAUGUCAAUUUAGGGAAGUUGGUUUAAAAGAUUCAGUUCAAUGAAAUUUUAUUUAUACAGCGCUAAAUCACAACAACAGUCGCCUCAAGGCGCUUUAUAUUCUGAGGUAGACCCUAAAAUAAUACAUACAAAGCGAGACCCAACAAUCAUAUGACCCUCUAUGAGCAAGCACUUUGGUGACAGUGGGAAGGAAAAACUCCCUUUUAACAGGAAGAAACCUCCAGCAGAACCAGGCUCAGGGAGGGGCGGCCAUCCGCUGUGACUGGUUGGGGAGAGAGAAGGAAGACAGGAUAAAAAGCAUGUUGUGGAAGUGAGCCAGAGAUUAAUAACUAGUGUGAUUCAAUGCAGAGAAGUCUAUUUACACAUAGUGAGUGAGAAAGGUGACUGAAGAAGAAACACUCAAUGCAUCAUGGGAAUCCCCCAGCAGCCUAUGCCUAUUGUAGCAUAACUAAGUGAGGAUUCAGGGUCACCUGAUCCAGCCCUAAGUAUGUGCUUUAGCAAAAAGGAAAGUUUUAAGCCUAAUCUUAAAAGUAGAGAUAGUGUCUGUCUCCUGAAUCCAAACUAGAAGCUGGUUCCAUAGACGAGGGGCCUAGCAGAAAGUUACUUGCCUGUGUGGCACACCUGUGAAAUAAAGGAACCACACCCUCACUUUAAGCCUUUAACUUUAUCCAGAUGGAUGGGUUAUAGCUAAAAAGAAACUCAGCUCUAGUUUAGUUGUCAUGGUGGGAGAAAUUAGCUUCGCCCAACUGUUUCUUGUAAAUAUGUUAUUUUCAUGUCAUUGCUGAAGUUGGGCGUUUCAACAUGGGCGUCUCUGGGAAAUGACUCAUUUUUGGAACCAACGGCAAGUGGCCAAUCGAGGAAUUGCACUUCUUUGCUAGAUGAUGUCUAAAAAUCACCAUGAAGACCUCAUUGCGUUUAACUGUAGUUUCUUUUUAUCACAGCAUUAUGUAUAGAUGUAUGCUGUUUUGCUGGACACAUUUAAAGUUGGAGUGACAUUUUAUGGUGACUGAAUGCACCUACUUGCUACGUCCAAAAAAAAAAGUUCAAUAGUUAAGAAAAUUAAUAAUCCCUGAGCAUUUUACCUUCUUUCUUCUGUUUACACACAAAGAUAGUGUAGGAUCAAAAAACUUGAUCUUAGAAGCUCUUUUUAUAAAGACGCACACAGUCAUGAACACAUGCAGUCACAAAGAGCAAAUAGUUUAGUUAUCAUUUGGAGGGAAGGUGAAAGCUGAUGACAUGGUAACUCGGCGGUAAUAUUGCUCAAUAAAACAGAUUGUGCAAAUCAUAAAUAUGUGACAAGUGGAAUGUGCUGCAGUGUUUUCCAAAUUUGGACCAAACAGAAUGUAAAGAUUUUUUCUCAGUUCAGCGCACAAUUUUAAACACAGGCACAACUUUAGGCCUUUUUCUGAAAUACAUGAUUUCAGUUUUAACUCUGUCCGUUAUGUCUGCAUGUCACGGCUGGUCGAGCUGCUGUUUGUGGGACGAGGAAAGCAGAGUGGACAGGAGAAGCACAAAAGUUUGACAUAUGAAUAUUCUCAGUUUAAUAUUCCUACUGUAUCCAUAAAAGUUUUUCUUUUUCCUUUUAAAGUCUUGCGUAAACGCAGAUACUUUGGUCUUAGCUGACACGUAGCCUUGUUUCAUGUUUGUGUCCAAGCUUGUAAACCAUGUAAGAAACAUAUUUGUUUUCACUUAUUUUGACCUCAUAAGUCCUGGUUUAUAAUGUGAAAUGCAUAAAGUCAGACUUUGGUUCUAUGUUUACUUAAAAACUGUAAAUUAGAAUAAAUAACAGACUUAUUGAGUAAGUCUCAUUACAAAUCUACUAAAUAUGAUGCAACAAAGCACAACAAAUCCUACGCACCAGGUGGCCGCACUUGUCAACCUUAGGGCUAAUUUGUUAUGGCCUACUCCUCAUACUUGAUGGGUAGGAGGGCUUAAAAAAUUGGGCUCACCAUCAUAGAUUUUGACUGUCCAUUUUUUGUUAUUUUAAUUCAGCUAAAAUAUGAAAAGAUGUAGAAAGAGAGCGUUUGUUUUCCUCCUCUGUGCAAGUUUUUUUGGUAUAAACUUAUUUAUUUUUCUGCAUUCUGCUGCAAUCUCACCAACUUUUCACUCCAAGAGGAUUCAUGUCAGUUGACAUGAUCUCUUUGUUUUUCUGGAAUUUGUAAGUAAAUAAAUAUUGAUUGGCAAUUACAUAUUGAUACCACAGCCUCAAACAUUUAACUUUUUUAUACCCUUACCUUUACGAUGGUAGGGUAUUUCUCCAAACAACUGUUAAAUCCUCCGUUAAACCUUUUUGUAGUUUAAAAAAAAAGAUCUGGUUAUACUUUUUUUCUCAGAAUCUUUAAAAUACUUUAUGUGUAAAACAUUUAGGAAUAUUUUAUGCAUUUUCCCUGUUUUCUGGCUUGUUAAUCAAGAUUUGUUUUUUGUUUUACUUUUUCUGACUCACUGAUUUUUGUCACUUUUAUAAACUAGGUUUUAUCUGGAAUAUAAUUUUAUUUAUUUACUUUCAGUCUAUUUAUUUUCCUGUGAUUCUGUUGUAGAAAGCAGCACUUAACAAUUACAAUGAUGAGGUGGUGAAUAACAUGGCCUCGUAGUCUGAAAAGACUUCAGCCUGUGGGGCAAAAGCUGUAAAAAUAUUUCAUAUUUUAUCAGCCAUAUUUGACACUGUCUACAUCCAGUUUUGAACAUUUCUUCAUAUAAUAGAAAUAAAUUAUGUGAAAUCAAUAAAGCAUUAUAUGCUUCCAUUGUCUUGGGUAUACUGUUUGCAUUAACUGGGUCACUGGAUUUAGUGGCUAUUUUAUAUCACCAUUAGAAACAGUUUUUAUGCAGCAGAUGUUUUUAAUGCUUUUGCAUGAUUGACAGUUUCUGUUUUGAGGGUUGAGGGUAGCUUGCGACUUUUUGUUCUCCCACACAAGUCUAAUCUUUAAAGGCUAAAUAGACCAAAACAAGCCGCUGUACAUCGCACCACAUUGAGCCCCUAGCUCACUGGUAUUCUCUCAAAUGGUCAGCCAAAAGUUAAAAAUAAAGAAAACUGGUUAAAAAUUUAAAUUUUUGCAAAUGUGGAGGACUAUUUUUUAUCUGUGGAUGGAUACAAGAGAUGUACAUAAAACCUUUAACUGGAUUUUUUCUUGUUUUGGGUCUUUGUAGAGCAUUUUGUUUUGACUGUAACAAAAAUAUGAAUAAUGUCACUUACCUGUGAAACCAGGAUGUAUAUUGUAAAACUCAAUGUCAAUUAUUGUUGAAUAUUUUCAAAGAAAUAGCACAGUAGCCGAAAGUAGCUUUUAUUUUCAAAGAACGUGUUAUCCGGACAAGUGAAACUUAAAAUAGGAAACACCAAGAAAAUAUCUUGUUUUUCUUCACUGUCAAUAAAAGCAUUUUACUGUAACAUAUUUGUUCUUACAGAUUUUUUCUCUUUCCUCUCAUUUUACUAUAAAUUUUACUUCAUGUAAGUUGCUCAGUUUGCCUAUUUGGCAAAGAUGACUUGGGGUGACCAAUGUCUCUAAUUUUGGUGAAAUGAAAUUCAGUUCAGACCAUUUCUACCAUCACUGUUUUUCAUGAAUGGUUAGUUUUCUUGUUUUUUCACAUAAGUUCUUCUUGGCAAUAGCUUUGCCUCCUUUCUCUACCUUGUUCAGUUCAUUUGCCACUCUGUCUCACUUCCUGUAUUUGUACCAUAACCUU